AUUUAUUUUUGUGUGUGUGCGCUUGUUAAAUUAAAGUUUUGGAUAAAUCGUGACAACUCGUGAAACGUUCAAGAACAGUUCGGGGAAUGUCUAUUGAAAGAACAAUGAAGGCUUAACAUACUACCAUUAUAGAUGUUUUCGGGCACCACUAAGGCGUUUCGUCGCACUACCUCCUUCAGACGCUUUCCCUGCACUGCAGCAUCUCCUGGUACACAUCACCUUCUUUUCUGAUCGGUCGUGGGCGAGUAGAAGCAAAUGGGAAAAAAAGGGAGGUCGCCUCAUAUGAACAGACUCGUAUUUUGCAACCUGCGUUACGUUUCCAUAGUCACGUCACAUCGGCUCCACCAUGUUGUAGGAAGUCCACCGCUCCUCCUCACUCCCUGUCAGAUUACCGUUUAAUCUGAGGGGGAGGAUACACCGUCAAGACGCAGUCUGCAUCUUGGAAGGACUCUCGGUGUUCAUCCACAGCUGGUGCCGUUCACCGCGACUUUACGUGAGACUAUUUCUAUUUCUAUUUAAACGGUCUGCACGUAGAAGAUGAAACGCCUGUUUCCCAUCCCUGUUUUUUCCUGUCUGCCGAUUUGCCGACACGUUAAAAUGUUAGCCGGCUAACUAGCUGAAAAAAAGAGUAACUAAAUCGGAUUAAGUUAGUUAACAACGGCCGCCUCCCGGGCAGGUAUUACUUGACAAACUAUUACAAGGCACACGCUCGCCUUUUGGUUUUUCCCGUCUAUUACGUCGACAUUACUACUUUGUGCCGUUACUACUCGCUAGCAUCGAUGUCGUCGCAAAUGUUAGCUUAGCGCGAGGUAAUUAGCCCACCGACUCGCAACAAGAGCUCGAGCCCCCAGGGUUUGUCGCGAGCUAAUCUUCACCGUUAGUUCGGAAACCGCGUUAGGCUCGAGCCGAGUGACGACGCAGCAGCGCGCGGCCGGCGGGGCCGACGUGCUCUCCCGCGUGCGGGCCAGCUGGCGAGAGAGACACCCGCAAAAUCUGAUCCCCGAGAUUAGUCCUCAGACGAAGCGAAGAUGUCCGGGAAGGAUAAGGACAAAGACAAACCGGAGAAACAGUCCACAACGGAGCGGCUGGUCAAAGCUGUGCCGUACCCUCCGCAACACAAGCUGACGGUGAAGGAGCUGUUUGAGAGCGGCAAGCCCAACGCCGAGCUGCUCCGCAACCACCUUGUCAAAGAGGGCAGGGUGGAGGAGGAUGUGGCUCUGAAGAUCAUCAACGACGGGGCCAACAUCCUCCGCCAGGAGAAGUGCAUGCUGGAAGUGGACGCACCGAUAACAGUAUGUGGCGAUGUCCAUGGACAAUUCUUUGACCUUAUGAAGUUGUUUGAAGUGGGGGGAUCACCCAGUAACACGCGGUACCUCUUCCUCGGUGACUACGUGGACCGAGGAUACUUCAGCAUCGAGUGUGUUCUCUACCUCUGGUCGCUCAAGAUCAACCAUCCCAGCACGCUCUUCCUCCUGCGCGGGAACCAUGAGUGCCGACACCUCACAGAGUACUUCACCUUCAAACAGGAAUGUAAAAUAAAAUACUCUGAGCGGGUGUACGACGCCUGCAUGGAGGCCUUCGACUGUCUGCCCCUCGCCGCUCUGCUCAACCAACAGUUCCUGUGUGUGCACGGCGGACUCUCACCAGAAAUCAACUGCCUAGACGACAUAAGGAAAUUAGACAGGUUUAAAGAGCCUCCAGCGUUCGGGCCCAUGUGUGACCUGAUCUGGGCGGACCCCGGCGAGGACUACGGCAGCGAAAAGACAACUGAACAUUUCAACCAUAACUCCGUCAGGGGCUGCUCUUACUUUUUCAGUUACUCCGCCGUCUGUGACUUUUUGGUAAAUAAUAACUUGCUGUCGGUAAUAAGAGCACACGAAGCUCAGGAUGCUGGGUAUCGGAUGUACCGAAAAAGCCAGACCACAGGCUUCCCUUCCUUAAUCACCAUCUUCUCAGCUCCUAAUUACCUGGACGUUUACAACAACAAAGCCGCCGUACUAAAGUAUGAGAACAACGUGAUGAACAUCCGGCAGUUCAACUGCUCCCCGCACCCUUACUGGCUGCCCAACUUCAUGGAUGUCUUCACAUGGUCUUUGCCUUUUGUCGGAGAGAAAGUGACAGAGAUGCUGGUCAACGUACUGAACAUCUGCUCUGACGAUGAGCUCAUGUCUGAGGGAGAUGACCUCUAUGAAGGUGGAACAUCUGCGAUGCGCAAGGAGGUCAUCCGCAACAAGAUCCGCGCCGUGGGGAAGAUGGCCCGGGUCUUCGCCGUGCUCAGGGAGGAAAGUGAAAAUGUGCUCACGCUCAAAGGCCUCACCCCAACUGGAACUCUCCCCGUGGGAGUGCUGUCGGGGGGGAAGCAGACCCUGCAGACGGCUACGAUUGAGGCAGCUAAAGCACAAGCCAUUCAAGGCUUCUCUCCCACGAGGAAGAUUCGCAACUUCGAGGAGGCGCGCGGCCUGGACCGGAUUAACGAGCGCAUGCCGCCGCGCAAAGACGGCCAGCAGCCGGACGGCACCGCCAUCGCCCCCGCCGCACCCAACAAGAACGGCACGGACGGAUAGAGCCCCCCCCCCCCCCCCCCCCCCCCCCCUCCCCUGUCUUUAACCCCCGCCCCCACUCAUUGCCCCCGCUGUCUCUCUGUCUCCGCCUCCCUCUGCGUCCUCCACCAUCCGUCACGAGAAAGGACGCAACGUCGCUCCCUCACAAAAGGAAUAGGAGGCGAUGGAGCGGUGAAACCUCUUCCAUCUGCUGACAAAAAGAUAUCAAGUUUGAUCUGGUGAGUGGGGGUGGGGGGGGGAUCAUAUUAAAUAUAUUAGAGAUGUUGUUUAAUAGCAACAAAUCCUUCACUGAAGACAUUUUGUCCUAACUUAUACAGUACAAAUGAUCCCACCCCCUCCUCCGCCCCCAAAAAAAGGUUAUUUUAUGAGUUGAUGCGGAUCGAUGCGAUGUCGGGAGUUUUAGUCACUUAAAUUAUUAUUAUUAUUUUUAUUCUGUGUGUUGAGUGAGGGAGGGAUUCCAAAUACUGUCGAUGGCACGUCCCUGUGUGUCUGUCGAGGCGUUUUCUGGCCCGCUCAGUGUUUGCUUCUACGCGCGUCAGUCAGGAGAGGAAUGCCGCAUGUGUCGAGAGGUGAAAGGGGGAAGAAAAUGAUAUCAGGACAAUUAUUAUCAAUCCAUAUUUUAUACUUGAAAACAGGAGACUUUUAGUGCUAUUUAUACAUUUUCCACCAAACUUUGAUGAAUCCCCAAAGAUGCUGAAUGGACUUUUCCUGUUCAGUAUUUUGUCCGCUUCCAGAGUAUUUUCCGUCUCUACACUAGUUUAUGAGUGACAAAGAUCCUAAAGAGUGAGGGCUUAUUGCUUUGCGUGUGAUGGUAGUUGCUGCUUGUUCCGUGCUGGUUACGACUUGUAUUCACUUUGAUGCCAACUGUGAUGUUCUCGCUCCGCUAAACCAAAAAACUAAUAAUAAAAAAAAGGGGGGACAUACAGUCCAGCAUCUCAUAUUCUAAAUCAAAAGCGACAGAGACCUGCCAAACCCCUGCGUCCUGGUGGGAGGCGCCGAGGUGAAGCCCGACUCUCCGGGGUCGAGCACGGCACCAGAAACCAAAACCGUCAAAGUGUUUUGUCUUCGGUCGUCCUUUUUGGACUGAGGAGGACACGUCAUGUUCUCAGAAAGCAGAGGAGCCGCGCUGUCCUCAAACAGAUGCUCGGUGUUGCUUAGGAGACGCCAGUGUAUUUAACAGAAUUCUGACUUCAGAAUUUGUUUUUCUUUUUUUUUUCUAAGCUGUAUCAGUAUCUCCAUCUACUGUUGAUGAUACAGAACGCAGGUUUUUUUUUUUUUAUUGUGUCCUGCGUGCACAUCGCAGAGGCAAAGGUUUGAUACCCAGUGGAAUGGCGGCUCUUCACUGUGCGUGAAUAAAGCACCGAGUCACCCCCUCGGUGCGCUCUAAGGUACCGCCUAAAGAGUACUGUAAUCAUCUCCACCACAUACGUGCAUGCAUGCAUACAUGCAUACAUGCAUCAUAUUUUGCAACGCUGGUGUACACAGGCUUUAGUGUUGGGCCUUCCACCUCCACUCCCCUCCUGAGCCUUUAAGACGUCGCUGAGAUACACGAGACCAACUCAACCGGUGCUUCGACACACCCGACUGUAAUUCUGUUCUCUUUUUGUCAGUCGUCCCCCCCCCCCCAAAAAAGAGGUGGGGGAAUAACCGUUUGCAUUCGCUUUCUCUUGUGAAUUGACCCUCUUUUUUUUUUUUGUAUUUUUGAAUGAGGCUUUUGCGCUCGUGUGCCAUGCCAUCUCGGCCACACAUGUCAAGAUCUGCGUGUGCGUGGAUGGCGAGACGUUCAGGCACACAUGAAUUUUGAAAGAUUCUAUGUCCGUAAUAUUAAUCUUGAUAUCCUAAAAUUUUUGGCAAAAUAUUGUUGUUUGCCGUUACGUUCAGUAGGCUUCUGGGAGAGCUCCCUAAAGAGGAAGUAUUUGGGUUUUGUUUUAAAGUUGAGGCUUUAUUGGGUGAGCCGUACAGUAUGCUGACCUCCUGUUAGGUCCUAUUACAUAUCUCGCAGAAUGUAAAAGUAAAUAUUGUUCAUUAAGAAUCUUAUGAUAGCUGUAAAAAGGGGUGAAAAAAAAAUCUGUACCGUUUUUGUCAUGCAAGGCCAUGAAAUCUUUUAUGUAGAUGUAUUACUUGAAAGAAAAGAAUAAAAUUCAAAUACUGUUUU